UUAAAGUAUAGUGAUUCAUGAAAGGUUUGUUAUAAAAUUGAAGGAUGAAAGGUUUGUUGGAAAAAAUGAAAAAUUGACAACUUGGAACCUAAUUCCACAAGGCUAAGUAUGAAAUUUUGAUGGAUGAGGCUAGGUUUGGUGCCUAGCCAACAAGAUCGAGUGGUGAGCUUUGGUAAGUAAGGUACGUAGAAGGGAAGGCUUGCCAUGUAGCCAUAGGGUUGUCCUUAUCACAACAAGGCGAGUAGCUAGACUUGGUCCCAAGCCGAGAUUAUUGUACUAGGCCAAGAGGAUAGGUGACAUGACUGAGUAAGCUGGCGAUACAAGAGUGACGAGGAGACUAAACAUAGAGUCACCAAGGCCAUCGAGGAUGCCAAUGAGACCCUGACGACAAGGCUUGGUAGAUAUGAUAGUAAGAUGAGUUAGUUCAUCAAGGACACUGGUCAUAUGAUGUUUAUGCUUCACCAUAGAGGCAAGCUAGCAAGGUUGUGACCGUAUUUAUCAUGCCAGGCUAUGAGAAGACCCCUUCAGAAAAAGUUCAAGUCAUCGCCAACUUAACACCCAAGCUGACACCAAUUAGGCACCAAUUCGUUUGAGAGCCACCAAGAAGAUUGGAGAGGCAGUUACCAAGCUAGCAGUUCUCUAUAACGACUACUUACUUCAUCUAUAUAAAUAGAAGAAAUGAAGACAGAAAAAACAACUGAUAUCACUUGUCAAGUUUCAUCUUUUUUCUUCAUAACCAUAGAUACUAAACACUACUAUCAUAUGAAACAUUAGCAUUAGGGCACUAAAAUUAUUUGAAUGCUAAUCUUUGUCUUGUUCAUCGACUUAUGUAUGAUAACAAAUCAUAUUGUUUAUUAUAAAAUUCGGUUCAAAUUUGGAACAGGAUGCCGAACCAUUCACUUUCACAAUUUCAUUGUAAACAUUAAAAUUUUAUUCAUUUUAGUUCAUAUGUGAACUCAAUCGUUCCAAAAUCACUACUUAGAGCUUAAGGCAUGAAUUGUCGAGCUAUUUUAGGUUGAACAUCACAUAUCCACAUAAUUAGGUGUAUUCAUUUCUUUAUUAGCCCCUCUUAAGUCCCCCACUACCAUUAUAAUUCAAAAUCAAAACCGACACUUCCUCCAAAUAUACACACAUUGCUUUCCCUCUCCAACCAUUAACAUUUAUGAUUUAACAUUACGCACCCACCAAUUCUUUCUUUCUUUCUGGUUCUGGCCCACCUCUCUCUCUCUCUCUCUCUCUCUCUCUGUUCUUUUCUUCCCCUCGUGUUUUUUUCUGUCUUCUUACUUCUUAGUCCAAAAUGACAACCAUCUUCCACUUCUCUCUCUCUUCAUUUCCACCAAGCUAGGCUCAGCCUUGGCUCUCACUAGUCACUACCCACCAGUCCACCACCAUUUCCUCCCCAUCUCUAGUCUCUCUCGCCCCUUUCUCCGGGUAUGAAAAAGUAAUUUCCCAUCUCCCCUUCUUCACUUCUCCACAAGACCACAACCCAAACCACCACCAUGGCCAAGCUGGUGGUGGAAGUAGUCGACGCCAGCGACCUAAUGCCCAAAGACGGGCAAGGCUCGGCCAGCCCGUUCGUGGAAGUGGAAUUCGAGGGCCAAAAGCAGAGGACUUCAACCAAGCACAAAGACCUCAACCCUCAAUGGAACGAGAAGCUCGUCCUACACUUCAACGACCCUAGAGAUCUCCCUACUUCUACCAUUCAAGUUGUGGUCUAUAACGACGGCAGAGGGAACGUACCUGGCGGUGGCGGCGGCGGGCAGCUGAAGAAUUUCCUCGGCCGGGUCCGAAUCUCUGGCUCCUCUGUCCUUUUCUCUGAGCCCGAUUCCACUGUCCAGAGAUACCCACUUGAUAAACGUGGGCUUUUUUCCCACAUCAAGGGAGAGAUCUCCCUCAGGGUAUAUGCUGUGGUUGGUGACGCCGGUGGUAGCAGCUUUACUCUGGCGACGGAGAUGCCGGGAGUUGGAGAAAGGGCUGAGCAGCCUACUACUCUCCGAGAGAUGGACCCUAACAAGGGUGAAGAAGAGGAGGAGGAAGAAGAAUUUCACCAGCACAACCACGACGAUGAAGAGAUGAUGAAGAGCAAGAAGAAACACAAGGAGAAGGAUAAAGUUCGCACCUUUCACUCUAUACCCACCGGAGCAGGUGGCCACCACCAUCCUCCGCCGCAGCAGAGGCAAUCCCCCCCGGCUGCGGCGUUUCCACCGCAGUUUUCCGGUGGUGGGUUUGGAAUGGGGGUUGAAGCACACCAUCAGAAAACGCCGGUUAUUGAAACGAGAACGGAUUACGCACGCGCCGCGGCGCCGGCAGCUGGCACUUCAGUAAUGCACCAUAUGCACAUGCCGAAGCAGAAUCCGGAAUUCUUGUUGGUCGAGACCAGCCCGCCAUUGGCGGCGAGAAUGAGAUACAGAGGUGGUGACAAGACAUCGAGCACUUACGACUUGGUCGAGCAGAUGCAUUUCCUCUACGUCAGUGUGGUGAAAGCCAGAGAUCUCCCUGUAAUGGACGUCUCAGGUAGCUUAGACCCUUACGUGGAAGUCAAGCUUGGUAACUACAAGGGGAAAACGAAUUAUCUGGAGAAGAAUCAGUACCCAGUCUGGAAUCAAACCUUUGCCUUCUCGAAAGAGAGGCUGCAGUCGAAUUUGCUUGAAGUCAUGGUGAAAGAUAAGGACUUUGCUAAAGAUGAUUUCGUGGGCAGGGUUUACUUCGAUCUUACUGAGGUUCCACUUCGAGUGCCGCCAGAUAGCCCACUGGCGCCGCAAUGGUAUCGGCUCGAAGACAAGAAGGGAUUCAAAGGCAAAGAUGGCGAAAUCAUGUUGGCGGUUUGGAUGGGGACUCAAGCUGAUGAAGCUUUCCCAGACGCAUGGCAUAGUGAUGCUCACGACGUUGGGCAAACGAACCUGGCAAACACAAGGGGAAAAGUUUACUUCUCGCCAAAGCUUUAUUACCUUAGAGUACAAGUGAUUGAAGCUCAGGAUCUCGUACCUCACGAUAAAGGUAGAGUGCCCGAUGCUUGUGUGAAGGUUGUGCUUAGCAAUCAAGUCCGAGCCACGAGGCCUUCUCAAAUGAGGUCCGUGAAUCCCAUUUGGAAUGAAGAACUUAUGUAUGUAGCAUCUGAACCUUUCGAGGAUUUCAUUAUAGUAUCAGUUGAGGAUAGAGUUGGACCUGGCAGAGAUGAGAUUCUCGGGAGGGCGAUUGUACCACUAAGAAAUGUACCUCAGAGACUUGAGACAACUAAAAUGCCCGAGCCUCGAUGGUUCAGUUUGAUGAAACAUUCAUCUGAUGAUGAAGGGAAGGAAAGGAAGGAGAAGUUCAGCAGCAAGAUUCUUCUAGGUUUGUGCUUGGAAGCUGGAUACCAUGUUCUUGAUGAAUCCACCCAUUUCAGCAGCAAUCUUCAGCCUUCAUCGAAGCAUUUGAGGAAGUCGAGCAUCGGGAUGCUUGAGCUCGGGAUUCUCAGUGCUAGGAAUCUUCUUCCAAUGAAAGGGAGAGAAGGCAGAACCACUGAUUCUUACUGUGUGGCAAAGUAUGGCAACAAAUGGGUUCGAACCAGAACGCUUCUCGAGACUCUGCACCCGAAAUGGAACGAGCAGUUCAGCUGGGAAGUCUACGAUCCUUGUACUGUGAUCACCAUUGGAGUCUUUGACAACUGGCACAUCAACGGACAUAGUGAAACCCGAGAUCAGAGAAUCGGCAAAGUGAGAAUCCGGCUAUCCACAUUAGAGACUGAUAAAAUCUACACUCAUUACUAUCCGUUGCUAGUUCUGCAACCAAACGGAUUGAAAAAACACGGAGAGAUACAGCUGGCAUUGAGGUUUACCUGUACGGCUUGGGUCAACAUGGUGGUCCAAUACGGCAAGCCAUUACUCCCCAAGAUGCAUUAUGCCCAGCCAAUCCCUGUCCGCCACAUUGACUGGCUCCGCCAUCAAGCAAUGCAGAUUGUUGCAGGUCGGCUCAUCAGAUCCGAGCCACCUCUUCGUCGGGAAGUGGUUGAGUACAUGCUCGACGUCGACUACCAUAUGUGGAGCUUGAGGAGAAGCAAAGCAAACUUCCACCGCAUAAUGUCGGUGCUCUCGGGUGUGACAGCAGUCUUCAAGUGGUUUAACGAUAUCUGCUUCUGGAGGAACCCGAUCACAACGUGUCUUGUCCACAUCCUGUUCUUGAUUCUGGUUUGCUACCCAGAGCUAGUUCUCCCUACAGUCUUUCUCUACCUGUUUGUAAUCGGGUUGUGGAACUACCGGUUCAGGCCGAGGCACCCACCCCACAUGGAUAUAAGGCUCUCACAAGCAGAGCAUGUUCAUCCUGAUGAGCUGGAUGAGGAGUUCGAUUCAUUCCCAACUUCUCGACCUUCCGAUAUAGUGAGGAUGAGGUAUGACAGACUGAGAAGCGUUGCAGGGAGAGUGCAGACUGUGAUAGGCGAUUUGGCUAGUCAAGGGGAGAGAGCCCUAGCAUUACUUAGCUGGCGUGAUCCGAGGGCUACUGCCAUUUUCAUCAUCUUCUCGUUGAUCUUGGCUGUGGUCAUCUAUGUUACGCCAUUUCAAAUUGUGGCCAUGCUGCUUGGGUUGUACAUGCUCAGGCAUCCCAGGUUUCGGAGUCGAAUGCCUUCUGUUCCUGUCAACUUCUUCAAGAGGCUGCCUGCGAAAUCAGAUUUGUUGCUGUGAUGAGAUGAGUUUUGAUAUAUUCUUGCCGGGUAAAAAGAGGUGAAUAAUGAAAGGAGAGGUAAAAGAGGAAGAAUGUACCUUUUCUUUGCCUCCAUGGUUGUAUGUUGUAGAUUUGUAUACUCUCUGCUGGAGUUUCUUUCUUCCACUAUUCUUCUUCAAUUACUGGAGCUUCGAUUCCACAUUCUGUAUUUCUGAUGACGAGCAUAUAUUGUAUGUACUACACUGUAAGCAGGCAACUUUCAGAUUGGAAUUCAAUAAAACAAAAACUUAACA